CAAUUGGAUGACCAAAAAUCGAUGGUCUACAUUUAGGCCACUUUUUUUGCAAAAAAAUUGAAUUUUAGACGCUGUUUAGAAGGAAUAGCUUUGUUAUAUAUGUAAUAUUUUAUGCAUCCUUUAUUAUUAUUAAGAAGUGUCAAUUUUCAAAUUCUUAAGUUACGUGAGGAUAUAUAGAGUAUAUAUUGGGGCCUUGUCUGCGAAAUGCCAUUUUCUCAAAUAUACCAUUUCCCGAAGUAAAUUUUCUGAAUGCUCAAACUGGAUCAUUUCCCGAAGUUAAUUUUCUGAAUGCUCGAACUGGAUCAUUUCCCGAAAUCAAUUUUCUGAAUGCUCGAUUUCCCGAACUGGAUCAUUUCCCGAAAUUCCCAAUUUCCGGAAUGUCAAUUUCUUAAUCUCAAUUUCCUGAAGUCCAAUUUCCCGAAUCUCAAUUUCCAAUAUCUUUACAGUAUAUACAGCAUUUAUACAGCAAUAAUAAUAAUAAGGAUUAAGGAAAUUAUUGUGUCAAGAAUUUUAUUGUCAAAGUUAUUAAAUCUAUAUACUUGCUGUUUACUAUAUGCAUUGGUUCUCGCAUAAUGUAGUAAUGUAUUAUUAUUUUUAUGCGUCUGAAAAAUUUAUUAAAAAUGAACAGGUCCUAU